AUGAACGACCAUCAUCAUCAUCAGUUAGCCAAGCGAAGAAAAAGCAAUCCAUCAAAGGCUAACCAAUUUAUGGUUAAGAUCCCAAAGAGCAACAUUCUCGAAUUUGAUGUCUCCGAGUCGGAUGACAGUGCAGAAUCUCCGUUGCGUGAAGAACUGUUGCACGACGACACCUGCACAAACUUUAGAAGCCCAUUGCAAGUUGGAAUGAACCCGGUGUCACUGAAGAAGAGGGUGGAAAUCACCGGCUACACAAAACGAGUUAGAGAGGUGGAGAUUACAAUGACCCAAAACCAUGACUCCUCGUUUGACAACUCGUGCCCUUUGGAAAGUCCAUUCAUCGCCACGGUCGAGGAAAAGCACGCAGUGGCGGUGAAAGAUGCAAUUGACCCUACUUCGAAUAUUUCUUUUAUUACAUGGUGUGAAGAAUUGAAUUCUAUACAAGACAAAGAAAGGAAACUCUUGAACCAACUUUACAUCGAGCGUUACAAGUUGUACUUGAGAUAUGACAUGUUGAAUAAGGUGUUAAACAAAUAUGCUAACCAGUUGAAUGCAGAGAAAUCGCAAUUGAGUGAAAAAUUUGAACAUAUCAAGAAAACAUUUUCCGAUAUCCUCAAUCUCGCUGUUUAG